CCAUGGCCAUCAGACCACUUGCAUGCCGAAUCUAACAAACCACCGCAGCCCUUUCUUUUUUUUUUUUUCCUUGAUCAUUGCUUUGCUGUUUUUCCUUUUUUCUGUUCUUUCUUUGUGUUGAUGGUGAUUUCUGGUUGCAAGCAUUGAUCGAAAAGACCAAUCUAAACCCAAGAAAGAUUUGGGUUUGUUGCGGAUUUCAAAAAGGAGGAGAAUGGGGUUGUUUGUGUUUAGGCUCCCAACUGGGUUAUGGUUGUCUCUUCUGCUUUUGAAGCCCGUUUUGGGAUUGCGACCAGUCAAAGAGAGGGCUCAAGCAUGAGUUAUGGUGUUUUUUUAUUAUCCCUCCCCUGAGUGAUAGUAGUAGUAGGAAAAACAAAAAGGAUCUGAGUUCUAUCAUACCAAAAGAGAAGUACACAUUUAGUUCUAUUGUUAUUGUGGCAUUAAAAUCUAUUUUUCACAUUUUCUUUUACUGUUUCAUAGCAAGUGGAUUUAGUGUUUUCUGAACAAAGUUUGAUUUCUGAGUCAUGAAUAUGGUUGAACCUAACAUUACAUCUUUUCUCUUUCUAUCAAUGCAUCUUGCAACGGCUAUUUGUCAAAAAGAUGGAAAGGAGUUAGGUCCUCUUUCUGCAUUGAACAUAACAGGCACAUAUCAAGUUGGUGUGGAUCCUGCCAUCAUGGGUGUUGGCCUAGCUAUUGCAAUUCCAACUGCAGUUAAAGCUCCAAGGCUUGAACUCGAUGAUAUUGAUGUUUUUGAGAUAAAUGAUUUUCUGAUCAAGGCAUUUAUUGAUUACCUUGAUGCUUUGGCUAACACAUUCUUGACUUUCUUUGGCUGAUGAUCCAUAUAUUUACUGUGUUCAUGAAAUUGCUUUUUAACAUGUCAUAAUGCAGAUACUACAUGCUAUUAGCUGUUUGAAUUUUUCCUAGGAGGUUUCAUUGGAUUUUAGCAUCCUGUUUCUAAUUAUUUUUGCAUGAUGUUGAAACCAAAGGUUUUCUCCUUCUAGGUUUAACUUUUAGCACCUAGUCUUUUGUUUCCUGCUUUUUGUAAAGUUUCUAAAGAAACAGUUUUGGAGAUU